GGUAAAAUUUAUCGAAUUUGUCGUUUUUUACGGUAUAUGUGCGUGGUUUUCCGAUUGUUUUGCCUUAAUUGGGUUCGCAUAAAUCCAAAAAUGGUGGAUUCAUCAUAUGCUAUUGUGAUUUUCGAGGAGGUGAAUAAAAAAGGUGAAAAAUUGAUGGAUAUUGUUCCAAUGUCCUGGGUGACUGAAGGAGACAAUGCUGAAUAUGUUUGUAAAUAUUUCCCUAAUGAUUCCUUCGACAAAAGAGAUUUUUUUUUGAAAAAUAAGACACCUGCCCACCCAAACUGGCUUGAGUACCCUGUUAAAUUGCUCUCCACUGCAGAGUCUUUGGAGAAAGCAAAGAGACGUUUGAAAAAGGCAAAGGUCACAGCAGACGUUGACACCACAGAUGCUGAAGACAUUGCUCAAAAUACAAAGAAAAUGUCGAAAAAAACUGAUUUGCCAGCCAGUAAGCAACUGAAGCAGAUUGCAUCAAUGAGCCAAUUCACUGCGGCCAAAAUCGCUGCUUCGCAUGAAAUCAGCGACAGUAAAUAUAACGGUUCUGAGAGUUCCAAAUCGCAGAAAAAAACAGGUGGUUUAAAAAAAAAAUUACCACAGAUUGUGUCGGAUUCGGAUAAUUCAAGUGACGAUGGAAUCAGCAAUAUCCAAGCUGGUCUCAAGAGGAACUCAUUGGUAGCAAAAGCGGCAAGGAAUUCAGAAUCUUCUAGUGAUGAUGAAGAAAUUCUGCAGAAUAAUCGAGGUCACGUUGAUCAUUUAUUCGAAGAAAGGAGUAAUGAUGCAUCACAGUUGGAAAAUUUGACAAAUUCAAUUGUCCAAAAACAUUCGUCAACGUCUGUCAUUCAGGAUAAGCAUUCUCGUGAUUUUCUGCAGCAAAUACGAGAAAUUAUUCACUCAGAAGUGGAGAGUGCUAAAUUAAGUAUACUUCAUGAUCUAGCAGCAAAAGUUGGUCAGAUGCAGAACACAAUUCUUCAAACUAACAUUCCAAUUGCUCCACGUGGAUCACCUAAUGAGUUGAUCAAAAAAUUGGAUACGAAAUUUGCUAUCCAAUCUCUCAAUGCUUUCUUGGAUUUUGAAAAAAAACUUGAAGAUGAAAGCCAAGCAGACGCCCUGUGUUCUUUGUAUCGAGUGCUCUUAUUCAGAAUGGAUAAACCUUCAAAUUGUAUAAAAACAUUGAUGGGCCAUACUCUAUCAAAAGAGUUAUCACUGCAAUACUCUGGUUCAGGUAGAGAUAUGAAUGGCAAGCAUAAGUUAAGCUGGAAAGAAACAAAAACAAGCCAAAUCAUGAAACAAGCCAUAAUCACUCAAUUUACGGAUCAAACGGAAAAGGAUAUUCAGAAGCUGAUGGCUACCUGGCUGUCAGGGGCAGGAGACAGAGCCGGUGGUCGUCGUGAACGAGAUGAGAAACGAAAAGAUAGAAACGGAAAGGAAAAUUAAAGAUAAAUAUUUUUUCACUCCUUGUGUUACCUAUUUCAAAUGUUUAUUAUUUUAUAAGGUGAACUGUCGAGAUAAAGACUG